AUGUUGUCACUUGACGCUUCAUUUCGAGUCGAUACGAAUACCAUGGAGGAGCUGCUUGGUCUCGAGGAUCCCAAGAAGCAGCAGCUUGUACGCAUUUACCCCAAGUAUGUACGUCUACGCCAGGGCAGCGACAUUCGCUACCGUCUGAAGCUCAUGAGACCCCCAUCAAAGGGUAAAGCGGUCACGAUUCACGUGCGCGUCAUCAUGAACAAGAUCGGCAUCACAGCGUCUCCUUCAAGUCUCGUCAUUACGUCCAAGGACUGGCGACAAACUCGAGAGAUCACAGUCACAAGCUCAGAAGACUCAGAGCUGCGCACGUUCCAGAUUCACCACAAAAUUCACGAAACGUACGAUGAAGUUUUCAACUCAACUGCACUGCUACCAUCAUUAUUCGUGUCUGUACUGCAGAAGGAAGCUACUUUCCUCUUCGGCUUUGGAUGUACCAUCGACGGUCGACUGGGUACGGACGGAGACUGUAACAUGACGACACCAACGCCGUUUGCAUGCAGAUGGCUGCAUCCACUGCAACUUUCCUGUGGUAAAGCUCACUCGGCCAUCAUCGAUGUGUAUUCCAACUUGUACUGCUUUGGACUGGGGACUAGUGGACAGCUUGGACAGGGUGACGACAAUCUAGAGUCUUCGCAAGAGCCACAGCGUGUCCCUCAUCUCACAUCGACCUGUGUGCAGUACGUGGCAUGUGGCAGUGACCACACAUUAUGUCUUAGUGUUGAUGGUCGAGUCUUCAGUUGGGGUGACAACACUUGUGGGCAACUAGGAAUGGGGACGAAGACUGCACAGCCAGUGGACACUCCGUAUCGAGUAGACAAGAUUGUCAGCGUUCGCGGGAUCGCUUGUGGAGGCUGUCAAUCGUUCAUUCUGACCAAGAUGAACGUGCUAGCGUGUGGUAGCAACGUCGCAGGACAACUUGGUAUGGGCGAUCGCAUCGAUCGGACCAGCUUCGAGUACAUUUCUUUCUUCCGUAAGGUGUGCGCUUCAGGUCCGAUAGCUGGGGCUGGUAGUGGGUCUUGCUCUGACUCAACGUCGCCUGAAGACGUCGAGUUAUCUUGUGGGAUGUAUCAUACACUGGCGCUCAGUAGAGGACGCGUAUACUCGUGGGGUAUUGGAGACGAUGGUCGUUUAGGCCAUGGAGACCAUGAGAGUCAUUUAGUACCAACACUGAUCAACGCCUUGAAAGACACAACAGUCACUGUCAUAGCAUGCGGAGGCAGCCACAGCGGUGUCGUUACUGUCCAUGGAGACGUGUUUACGUGGGGCAGUGGGUCGUUAGGCCAACUUGGACUGGGCAAGACUCGAUCUCGUAGCCUUCCCUCUCGUGUUCGUGUCUUGCAAGACGCAGAGGUGACUCAGCUUUCUUUUGGAGAAUGGCAUUCCAUGGCACUCUGUAGAGAUGGCACAUUGUACGCAUGGGGUUUUGGUGAGGAAGGCCAGUUAGGACUCCCUGACGAGGAUCUGGAGCCUACACGUCGAGUUGCUCUGCUUCCGGUGCCUGUCCAUGCGCUCUCGGGUACUGGCGCUACGAUGGUGUCGUGCGGAGGCUCACACACGUUCGUUGUGACUGUACAAGAGAAUCGCAGGCAACAGUUUGUGCAGAUGCAUCGACGAGCUUCCCAACUUAACAUCCAGCACGAAGAGCAGCGGUUAGCAGCGAUAACCUCGGGACGUCGCUUGUCUCGACGAAUGACUUGCGAGCGGCGAGUGUUGGACAGAACGCAGUCCAUGCAGGGUCACAAGCCUCGUCAGAAACUCGGCUCUGCUACAGGACGUAGAUGCAAAAGUGCUCGUCGAGCAGACCCAUGCCCCCAACGUGUUCCUGCAGCAGUAGCUGACUCCUUUUCGUGGAAAUCACGCCCUCUUUCGUCCAGAUUGUCUGUGCGUAACGCAUUUCGUCAGCAGAGCCGAGAGACUGAAGAACUGCGAGAUUCCAUGUCACUUCUGGGCGUUCUUCCUCCCAGGACACGGAGCAAAAUGGGUGUAUCUCCACGAUUACUUCGACUAAGUGAACAAAUCGAUAGCCGCAGAAAAUCAACCGAAAAACCUGCAGUUACUCGCGCUGUCGCUGACGCGGUUCAAGCUGCCACGGAAAGCUGUUUGCGUUUGGAUAGUAGGAGCUUCUGUAUGGACACGAGAGGCAGAAAACCAUCCCAAACUCGACGUCACGAGGACGAAGAUGCACUGGAAAUCACGAAACUUGUUUACGGUCUUCGAGUGGAUGAUGAUGUAAAUGACGACUGCGUACAAGACAGCGACGACGAAAUCUUGAUAUUUCCUGUACUUGUAAGCGGUAGAAAUGGCAACUGUCAAGCCAUGGAGGCCGACAUUCGAACUAGAUUGUCUGGUGUUUCCUAG